AUGACGUCGUCGUCGUCGUCGAGAACCCCUUGCACGUCCGAUGGUUGUAAAACUGUGGGUAUUUUGAAAUGUGAAGGUUGUUCUCAAAUUUUUUGUCGAAAACAUGUUAAUGAACAUCGAGAUCUUCUUAGUCAUCAAUUGGAUGAAAUUGUUUUUGAACAUGAUACUCUACAACAAAUGAUUCUAGAAGAGAAAAAUAAAGAAAAAAAUUAUCAUCCACAACUCAAACAAAUUGACAAAUGGGAGCGAGACUCUAUCAAGAAAAUCCAACAAACAGCAAAUGAAGCACGACAACAAAUCGAAACAUUAAUUGGUUCACAAAAAGAAAUAGUAUCAAAAGAACUGUACAAUCUCGCUGAAGAAUUGAAAAAAGCUCGAAUAGAUGAUGAUUUUGUUGAAACUGAUCUUCGUAAAUGGACAAGCAUGUUAAAAAAAAUUCAACAUGAUGUUGCUGAUGUUUGUCCUUCGACCACUAUUAGUGAAGAUCCAACAAAACCACUUGUGGCUAAAAUAUUUGUUUCUUCCACUAGACAACUACAUUUAGAACAAGAUGAACGAUUUGGAAUAUCCUUUGAUAAUGUUUGUAUUGCAGAGAAUGGUUAUCUGGCUUAUCACGAUGGAUCUACAAGAGAUUGUGCAUUUGUAUGUGGAAUGAAAGAAUAUUCAUUGGGCAAAUAUAGCAUUCGAUUUGUUAUGAAUAAGAAAGAUCCGGAAUAUGUUAUGUCGUUUAAUAUUAUUUCACAAACUACGGGCAUAGCUACAAAAAAAUUCAGUUUAGAUGAAUCAAGUUACGGUUGGUACAGCGACGAUGGUAUUUGUUGUUGCAAUACUAAAUUAUCAUUUAGUAAAGGUUUUCAUGAUAUGAAAGAUGAAACUACAUUUGAAAUCGAACUCUUGAUUGAUUGUGAUAAUCGGAAAAUAAGUUAUUUGAAUGAACGAACAAGAAAUAGACGAGAAAUGAAUGUUGAUUUAAUAAAAUGUCCAUUUCCUUGGCAAUUACUUUUUUAUUUAUACGAUGUCGAAGAUUCUGUUCGACUUUUAUCUUCAAAAAAGUUACUUUAA